AUGCCUACACGCGGCCUUCUGAAGGCGGUCGCGAUCUUACUAAACUUCAGAGUGAUCCUGGCUAUCAAUCAAUGUCCAACCAGCGAAACCUACUACAACGGUCCCCUUAAUGGUGCGAAGUGGGGUAUUUGCCAGAAUACCGAUGUGACUGGCAACAUUCUCGCGCAAUUCAGUGGCCUUCGUAAUGUUGGGGAUUGUGCGUGGAGAUGUGACAACGACAUCCGAUGCACACAGGCGGUCUGGGUUCCUGGGGGAGGUAAUUGCUACCUCAAGGACGCUAGCACAAACGGCAACUGGGUCACCUCGAAUGGGGGCUACAGCGUGAUCCAUCAAGUCGAUAAGCUUGACAGGUGUCCAGCGACUGAGACUAAUUAUCCUGGUCCUAAAGCUGGCGCUAACUGGUCUAUCUGUUCGGGCACAGAUGCAACCGGCAACAUUCUCGCGCAAUUUAGUGGACUCGGCAAUGUCGGCGACUGCGCUUGGAGGUGUGAUUACGACGACCGGUGCGCGCGUGCAGUAUGGGUUCCCGGGGGAGGGAAUUGCUAUCUCAAGGAUGGUUCUUCAACGUGGACGUCAACCACUGGAGGCUACAGUGUCGUGCAUGUGUCCAGUCCUCUGGACAGAUGUCCAAACAAAGAGACAACCUACAAGACCGCAGACGGCGCUACAUGGGCCAUCUGCCCUGGUUCAGACAUCACAGGAAAUAACCUAGCACAAUACGGCGGGCUCAAGUCAGCUCAAGAUUGCGCAUCAAGAUGCAACGAUAACGGAAAGUGCCUCCGCGCUGUUUUUGUGGCCAAUGGCGGUUGGUGCUACUUGAAAGACCAUGCUGCUCAUGGCACGUGGACAAGCGCGCCAUACACUACAGUCCGGUACAUAAGCGCCAAUCCCGCCACGCAGGGUCAAUGGUCAGCUUUGGUCACCUUGCCGGUCAUUCCCGCAGCUCUCUACGCGGUGCCUGCAUACCCAGAUUCGUCCCGACUACUCUUCUUUUCUUCUGCCUCGCCCACCAUAUUUGGGGGUGGUGGCAAGACGAUUUACGCAGACUACAACUACAGAACGGGCGCGAUUUCACAACGAACAAUUUCGAACACUCAGCACGAUAUGUUUUGUCCAGGAAUGUCACAGCUGGGAGACGGUCGCAUUGUCGUUACCGGAGGCGACAAUGCGGAGAUCACCUCAAUCUACGAUCCGGCCACCAACGAUUGGACACGCGGGCCUAACAUGAAGAUCUCUCGUGGCUACCAGUCGCAAACAACGCUCAGCAAUGGCGGGAUCUUCACUAUUGGAGGUUCUUGGUCUGGAGGAAACGGCGGGAAGAAUGGAGAGAUCUAUGAUCCCAGCUCAAAUACUUGGACACUACUUAACGGUGCCAGCGUUUCCAACAUGCUCACCGCCGACAAAGCAGGAUCGUAUCGCGCAGAUAAUCACGCCUGGUUGUAUGGUUGGAAGAAUGGAAGUGUGUUUCAAGCCGGUCCAAGUGUCAAGCAGAACUGGUAUACAACCACCAACGGCGGUUCAGUCCAGCAAGCCGGUACGCGUAAUUCCGGCGACCAGAUGUGCGGUAUCACUGUGAUGUUCGAUAAUGGCAAGAUUUUGUCUGCCGGCGGCAGUCCCAACUACGACGACAGUGAUUCUAUCACGGCAACGUACAUUACCACUAUAUCUGAUGCCUCCCAGGCAGUGAAGAACGACCAGGUUAGCAACAUGAACUACCCUCGCAUUUUUGCGAAUGCUGUCGUGCUACCCGACGGCACUGUUCAUGUCACUGGUGGCCAGACACACGGCAAAGGCUUCGCCGACGACAACGGGGUUCUUAGCUCUGAGCUCUUCAAUCCUAUGUCUAAUUCAUGGACUAUCAUGGCUCGCGAGUCCGUCGCACGCAACUACCACUCGGCUUCCGUCUUGCUCGCCGACGCCCGUGUGUGGUCCGGUGGCGGCGGUCUCUGCUAUAACGGCGGAGACUGCAGACCAGGUAGCGACCACCCUAAUGGACAAAUCUGGAGUCCCCCUUACCUGUUCAAUUCCGAUGGGUCGGCCGCUGCUCGCCCUGUCAUCAGUUCUGUUUCCUCUACCACUAUCCGCGCUGGCGGCUCUUUCACUGUUCAGAUGGGCGAUAGUAAUAGUUACAAGUUCUCCCUAAUACGUCUCGGAUCCGCUACCCACUCUGUUAACACGGAUCAACGCCGUAUACCGGUCUCUAGUACGAAGAACGGGAAUUCCUGGUCAAUCACGCUGCCGAGUGAUUCGGGAGUGAUGAUCCCUGGUAGUUGGCAUAUCUUCGCGCUGAAUGGCAAUGGAGUCCCGAGCUGGGCGAAGACAGUUAAGAUCACGAACUAA